GUGGGCAGGACUUCCGCCGGAAGCCGGAGUUGUCCGCGAAAUCUCAGAACCGAAUUCCGGGCGGUAGUUCCCCGGGAGGUCCUGGGUGGGCACUCUGCGGGCCUGGGUGAAGAUGGCUUGUGCCGCCGCUCGGUCCCCGGCCGACCAGGACAGGUUCAUUUGUAUCUAUCCUGCUUAUUUAAAUAACAAGAAGACCAUCGCGGAGGGGAGGCGAAUCCCCAUAAGUAAGGCUGUUGAAAAUCCUACAGCUACUGAGAUUCAAGAUGUGUGCUCAGCAGUUGGACUUAAUGUAUUCCUUGAGAAAAAUAAAAUGUACUCUAGAGAGUGGAAUCGUGAUGUUCAGUACAGGGGCAGAGUCCGGGUCCAGCUCAAACAGGAAGACGGCAGCCUCUGUCUCGUACAGUUCCCAUCACGUAAGUCAGUAAUGUUGUAUGUAGCAGAAAUGAUACCCAAACUAAAAACAAGGACACAAAAAAUAGGAGGUGGUGACCAAAGUCUUCAGCAAGGA